UCGUUUUGGAAUUCAAGAUAAGUGCAAUGUUUUUUAUGAUUUCAGAUAUCAUUUUCUAAACGUUUUUCUACGCUGUUUCUAAUCGUUUUAUAACUACUACAGGAAUGGUUAUGUUACAAUAUUUUCGUAUUCGGGUUGAAGUUUUGGCAGGAAUACUUCCUUUGAAAGAUCGAUACAAUCUACUAUCACUUCGGUUCCUCAUCAGGUGUGAGGUCAUGAACCCAUUGGUGAUCGUUAAUUUUGAAAGGUUACUAGAGCAAAAUCUUCAUACCAGAUUUAUGUCUAUAUACCAUGUCCUCAUGUCAAUGCAGGCAAACCCUUCUUCGUACUCUUCAACUCGUGUUUUCAUCCCAGACUACGAUAAUUCUUCUGUCCAGUUUGAUUUGUCUAUGCAGCAGGAAAUUCGUGGAAUCCCGGAUUCGCAUCGCCCACUUCAGAUUCCAAGAAUUUUCGAAGCUAAAUAUAGACACGUCGAUGCUGACAAAAUGUACUUUACCGAUGGGUCUCUAAUUGAGGAAUCAACGGGAUUUGGAGUUUUCAACGAAACAACUAGCGCCUCUUAUAACCUCCAGUCACCAUGCUCUGUAUAUAUAGCAGAGUUAGCUGCUAUUCACUGGGCCUUGGACAGCAUCGCCUCACGGCCUAUUGGGCACUACUACAUUGUAACGGAUAGCCUAAGCUCAGUUGACGCAAUACGCUCAAUACGACCGGGAAAGCACUCGCCGUUCUUCCUAGAGAAGAUACGGGAUAUUUUGAGUGCUUUAACAAGACGUCGCUUUUCCAUCACCUUUGUUUGGGUUCCCUCUCAUUGCUCGAUAGUGGGCAAUGAGAAGGCAGACUCUCUGGCAAAGGUGGGGGCGACGGAAGGCGACACGUAUCCACGUGAAAUCGUCUUCAACGAAUUCUACUUCUUAGUACGAGGGAACUCUCUUGUCAACUGGCAGCGCAAAUGGGACGAGGAUGAGGAUGGUCGGUGGCUCCACUCGAUUAUCCCAAAGCAAUUUGUGUAGUUGCGGCCAAGGUUACCAUGACAUCGAGCAUAUUGUUUGGUCGUGUGAGGUCCAUCUUGUCGCCAGAACGAAUUUAAUAGACUCCCUUAGGGCCCGAGGAAAACCACCUAAUGUUCCAGUUAGAGAUGUACUAGCUGUGCUAGAUUUGGACUACAUGUUCGAAAUCUACCUUUUUCUAAAAGCUAUCGAUCUUCGUCUAUAAUUUCUUUUUUAUUUUCAUAUUUCCCUUUCUAUCUUCCUUUCUCCUCUCACAAAGUGUUAAGUUAAGAAAACAAUUGUAAACAACAAAAUCGGUUUUGGCUCCUUAAAGCCUAAAGGUAUGA